GUUUCCGCAUCACCUCUAUCACCGAUCUCAUAUGUUACGAGUGCUAUGGCUGCAGAGAUUGGCCUUCUCUCCUUGACCCAACUCCAAAAAUUACCUCAAUCUCAACAAAAUCAGUAUCAACAUCAACUGAACCCGAAUGAGACACCUAGUGUCUGGAUGUGGAACCCUAAGCAAACUCAAGAAGAGGAUGAUUCAUGGGAGGUUAGAGCCUUCGCAGAGGAUACAGGCAACAUCAACGGCACCACUUGGCCACCGAGGUCUUAUACUUGCACCUUUUGUAGAAGGGAACUCAUCCCAAGCCCUAGGGGGUCACAUGAAUGUUCACCGCCGUGACCGCGCUAGGCUCCACCAAACACAGCCUUCAAUCAACCCCAACUCAUCAACUUCCAGUUCUUCCUCGUCCACUUUUAUAAUCCCAACUCAAGAAUUUCCCCCAAAUGCCGGGUUAUGCUUACUUUACCGACUACCAAACCCUAAUGGAGUCUUCACUCCCGCAACUAUGAAUGCAUGUGCUACUGAUUCACCUUCUACUCUUCUCUCUAUCACACCAUAUCCCCAUAACAACUUGAUAGAGAAAUCUCUUAAUUUUCUAGCAGCUCCACCUGAGAUAAAUACUUCUCAUUGUUACUCAAUCAAAGCCGGGCCCUCGGCAUCCAUUGAUAAUAGCAAUGAUAUCAACAGCGAAAACAACUUUAAGGAGUUGGCACACGAAGAACUUGAUCUAGAGCUCCGGCUAGGGCACAGAUCGACAACACCACCCCAACCAUAACAUAUAAGAAAGCUU